AUGGAUGAUAACGAUGCUGUUGUAUCUUCUAGGAAGAAAGCAGGAACACCUAAGGCUUUUAAAGAUAUGACAACCAUUUUCGAAGUUUAUUCAUCUAUCACUGCUAUGGACCCUCAGACUGCUGUAGCGUCUAAUAAUAUUUACGCAAAUAAGGAGCUUGCCCGUUUAUGGCACGAAAAGAUUAAGUGCUUUUCCUUCAAUGUAGAGAUCCACCAGACAAAGCUAUAG